GUUGUGCUAGGCCUGAAUCUCUCGGAGGGUCAAGAACGUCUGCUACGGGCGCUACGGGUGUUUGCGCGAUGCUUCUACUCCGAUCUCAGUAGCCUUCACCCGAAUUCUCCUCUUACUCCAACCAAAAUGCUGCUCAACUUGGCGCAUCCGACGACAACCAAACUGCGAAGCCUCUUCGCUCCAUCGAUCCGGCACCUGUGCAGCAAAGCCGACCACCAGAAGCGAGUCGUCUGCGAACAGCUCCGCUCUCGCAAGCUGAUCAGACUCCGAGGCAAGGACUGCCUACCGUUCCUUCAGGGAAUGAUCACCAACGAUACGCGACACCUGAGCGUGGAUCCCCAGCCGAGCGUGAGUACCUCUUGCAUGUACGCUAUGAUGCUCAACGCCGCCGGUCGCGUCCUGUACGACUUCCUACUCUACAAACCGGACCCGCGACACGACGACGAAGUCCUGCUGGAAUGCGACGCCGACGCAAGGUCGACCGUCCUCAAGCUCUUCAACUUGUACAAACUCCGGAAGGACGUCAGACUCGAACCGUGCGACGAGCUGAGCGUCUGGGCCGCGUUCCACCCGUUCUGUGGCACCGUCGACGAACCCCUACCGGCCGAGAUUCCCAUUACGGUCGCCGGCGACGCUACCGUCAACGUUCGCGACCCAAGACUGCAUCUCUUAGGGCAUCGCGUGCUCCUCGACUCCACGCAAGAUCUCGUCGCCUCGAAUCCGACCUUCCAAGCCGCCCCCCAGGACUCAUCGGAAAGCAGUUAUACGAAGUUGAGGUAUCAGCUCGGAGUCAGCGAGGGUCUUGGCGAUCUCCCUAGCGCAAACUGCUUUCCAUUGGAAUACAACGCGGACUACAUGAGUGGCGUCAGCUUCCACAAGGGAUGCUACAUCGGACAGGAACUGACCGCUAGGACGCAUCACACUGGGGUGAUUCGGAAACGGAUCAUGCCCGUUGUGCUGCUCGAUCGCGUCGACGGUGGAGGCGUCGCCUCGGACACGGUGGUUAAGGAUGGCAACGACAAGGCUGUGGGCAAGUUUAGGGUUCAUCGGGGGCAGGUCGGCCUUGCGUUGCUGCGUGUGGAUGAAGCGCUGAGUGCUGCAGAACUUUCCGUGGGUUCGGUGCGCUUGAGUACGGUCAAGCCGGGCUGGUGGCCACCCGUAGUUUCGAAGAGACAGAUUGAGGGUCAACGUUCUUAGGCCCGUCUUGAAUGCAUGCUGCUUCUUUCGGUGUGGCCACUUCAUAAGUGGAGGGUGUGGAGUCAAAAGGUGUCGCUGCUGUUGAGGCAACGUUUCGUGUCAGUUGUAAAGUCAAAAAUGGCAGGGAAAAAGCAUUUAAGUGGGUGUGUUUAGACUUAUGAAUUGAAAUGUGCUAGUCAAAUUCACAUUCAUUGUGUUCAGUUGAUCAGGUCGCACUUCGGAAAUCAGGCCGCCUUGAAGGGUUCAACAUGAGACGUACUAGUUGCAGUGCUUGUCGAACAAAAUAAAGUCUGGUCUUUGGUGUA